ACUUGCACAACUUGGCAAGGGCAAUUAAUGUCCAUCACAUUUUUAUGUCUAUCUGCCCCAUGUGUUGUCCGUCUUUUUCUGUUUGCUAACAGCAUCUCUUUCAGCUCUGCAGGACACAAUGUUGGGGGUCGGCUUAAGAAAAAGGCUUACCAUCUCAAGUGCUUUACUUGCUCAAAGCUUCAACAGGGGAUUAUCCUCCCAGACUCAAAGGCUUGAAGGCAAGGUAGCACUAAUUACUGGAGCAGCAACUGGCAUAGGGAAGGCAACUGCAUCAAAAUUCAUUAGUAAUGGUGCCAAAGUUGUUAUAGCUGAUAUCCAACAUGAACUCGGACAGAACACAGUGAAAGAGCUCGGUCCAAAUGCCACCUUCAUUGCAUGCGAUGUUACUAAAGAGACUGAUAUUUCAAAUGCCAUAGAUUUUACCAUAUCUGAACACAGACAACUUGAUAUAAUGUACAACAAUGCUGGAGUACCCUGCAAAACUCCCCCAAGCAUAGUGGACCUCGACCUGGAAGUGUUUGACAGGAUUAUCGACAUCAAUGUGAGAGGAGUCAUCGCUGGGAUGAAACAUGCAUCGCGUGUGAUGAUCCCACGUAGAACUGGCUCCAUUCUUUGCACGGCAAGUGUCACAGGACUAAUGGGAGGGUUAGCACAGCACACAUAUUCUGUGUCAAAGUCGGCUGUGAUAGGCAUUGUCAAGUCUGUUGCUUCGGAGCUAUGCAAAUAUGGAAUCAGGGUUAACUGCAUAUCGCCAUUUGCUAUUCCAACUGCAUUUGUGAUGGAAGACAUGAAUCGGUUUUUUCCAGGAGUUGGUGAUGAGCAGAUAAUGGAAAUGGUACACGGAUUUGGUGUCUUAGAGGGAACAAAAUGUGAACCCAAUGAUAUAGCUAAUGCUGCACUGUAUCUUGCAUCAGAUGAUGCCAAGUACGUCAGUGGACAUAACUUGGUAGUAGAUGGAGGAUUUACGUCUUUCAAGAAUUUGGGAUUGACCAAACAAAAUCAGGUGCAAUGAAAGUCCUAUUUUCGUAUACAUUUUUUAAAUGUUUAAACAAGACUCUUAAAGAUUGGGGACUGGGGAGGGUGUUCCAUAAUUAGUACAGAUAAUGGGUUUGUAACGUAAAAGAAUCAAACUUGUUCUUGUACCCAGCUUGGGGAAAGUGUCAAAAAAAUGCUACAACCUUGUUAGGUAACCUUUA